AUGCUAAACCUCGGCUACCUCGAAUGCGAUGAAGGCUGGUUCAUGGCAGCCGCGAACGCCUCCUCUCUCUCCAACCUAAACCCCACGAACAAACGCCGCCGACUAGCCAUGCUCGCCUUCCUGAUUGAGCAUCCAACCGAGGGCCUAAUCCUCUACGAAACCGGCGGCGGCAACGACUAUCCCGCGCUCGUCGGCGCCCCAGUCCAAGACGUAUUCUCCCGCGUCGACUAUGACAAGAGCAUGGAUCUCGACACCGCGAUAGCGAAGACGGGGCAUAGUAUCGAUGACGUUAAGAUGGUCAUUAUCGGACACUUGCAUCUCGAUCACGCAGGUGGGCUGGAGUAUUUCAAGGGAAAAGGUGUACCUGUAUAUGUGCACGAGCUGGAACUCAAACACGCCUUCUACAGCGUCGCCACGAAAACUGACUACGGUGUGUAUCUCCCGCACUACCUCACCUUCGACAUCAACUGGGUGCCGUUCCACGGCGCGUACUUUGAGGUCGCGCAGGGCUUGAAUCUGCACCAUGCGCCAGGUCACACGCCGGGGUUGAGUAUUCUCCAGCUCAAUUUGAAGAAUAGCGGGACGUGGAUUUUCACAAGUGAUCAGUAUCAUGUCAAGGAGAACUUUGAGAAUGAUGUGCCCCAAGGCUGGUUGGCGAGGGAUCACUCGGCAUGGGUCAAGAGUCAUCAGAUGAUCAAGGGGUUGAGGAGGAGGACGGGGGGAAAGGUUGUGCUGGGGCAUUGUUUGGAUACGGUAAAAGAUUUAGGGAUUGAGUUUGCGCCGAGAGCUUAUGAUUGA